AGUUGGGUGGAAAGACACCAUGAUGCAAACUGUGAAGACUUAGUCCAAGUCAUGUGAAAUAAUAGAUGUAACUUGUUGCUUUUGGAAAAAGCACAAGAUAUGAUUUGAGAAAUUUGUUUGUGUAGUGGGUAUAUAUAGGAGAAUGGUGGUAAUGUUAUUUCAACUCAAAACCUAUUUUGCUUUGAAGUUUAAAUCAGAGCUGUGCAAAAACUUUGUUAGUCUUAUUGUUAUAGAAAAUCAGAAAAAGAAAAAGUAAUGGAGUUGCAGGGACGUUAUUGGUGGUGGCCGGUGGUGUUAGUUUUGGUUCAUUUUGGUAUGAAUGGGUGCUUUGGUUGCUGGGAGCAAGAGAGAAUUGCUCUCUUGGAACUUAAAGCUUCCAUUGUCAACUACACCGAUGAAUAUUAUUUUCCUCAUUGGGACUCAGUCGACAAAGAGAGUGAUUGCUGUGAGUGGGAAAAAGUCAAGUGCGACAUCACUAUUAGCCGUGUAAUCAAACUUGCUCUUAAUAAUACGAUUUAUUGGAGUGGAGAAAGUGGGGGAGGUUGGUACUUUAAUGCCUCUCUGUAUCUUCCAUUUGAAGAGUUCCAGUACCUCGAUUUGAGUUCAAAUUCCAUUCUUGGAUGGAUCCCAAAUGAAGGUUUUGAAAGAUUCUUUACGUUGGGCAAGCUGGAAGUGCUUCACUUGGGUGAUAAUAGUUUUAAUAACAGCAUUUUACAAUCCUUUAGUGGUACUAUUGCUUCGCUCAAGGAACUACAUUUGGAUUUCAACAUUUUGAAUGGAUCAAUCCACAUCCAAGACUUCAAAGCAUUUAACAACUUGGAGGAGCUCUACUUGGGCGGAAAUUAUAUCAAUGAUUUUGUGACAACGGAAGAUUCAAACAGCUUAAGUAAGUUGCAAGUCCUAGAUUUGAGUGACAACAAUUUUAAUGCACGAAUUCUUGAGUCAGUAGUUGCCUUCCCAUCGUUGAAGAUAUUAAACAUUGGAGAAAACAAUUUGGAAGGAUCGUAUACUACUAAAGAGUUAGGUGCACUAAACAACCUAGAGCAGCUGUACUUGGAUGGUUCAUCAAUUGAUAACAGCUUCCUUCACAAAGUUGGAGUUAUGAAUUCUCUUGAAGUAUUGUCAGUGCGAAACUGUAAUCUCAACGGUAGCUUACCUGCACAAGGCUGGUGUGAACUUAGGAAGCUCCAAGAGAUAGACCUCAGCUACAAUAAUUUUGAAGGGAUACUACCUUCAUGUAUGGCAAACUUGACAUCACUUCGAGUAUUGGAUCUCUCUAACAAUCACUUCACCGGGAACAUUGUCCACUCCCCACUACCAAGUUUGACAUCACUUCGAGUAUUGGAUCUCUCUAACAAUCACUUCACCGGGAACAUUGUCCACUCCCCACUACCAAGUUUGACAUCACUUGAGCACCUCUCUCUGUCAAAUAACGACUUCUUGAUCCCAGCCACAAUGUCCACCUUUUCUAACCUCUCAAAACUUAAGGACUUAUUAGGUGAUAACAAUAAAAUUGCAUUUGAACCUGACUCUCAUACUUGGAUUCCAACCUUCCAAUUACAGUUUUUGAGUCUUUCUAACGGACACAAUGUCAAUGGCACAACUCCUAGAUUUCUUCAUUACCAAUAUGAGUUGGUAGUGAUUGAUCUCUCUCACAAUAAUUUGUUCGGAAAGUUUCCCACUUGGUUGCUAGAAAUCAGUACAAAAUUGGAGUCCCUUUUCUUAAAUAAUAACUCUUUCACGGGGCCUUUCAUGCUGCCAUAUGACAUUUGUCACAACAUUAGGAACCUAGAUAUUUCAGAUAAUCACUUACAGGGUCCAAUCCCCAUAAAUUUUGGUUUAAUUUUUCCAAGUUUAGAAUAUUUAAACAUGUCUAAAAAUGCAUUUCAAGGUAGUAUACCUUCUUCUUUUGGGAAAUUGGUUUUCUUACAAUUUCUAGACUUGUCUGAGAAUCAUUUAUAAGGAACAAUACCAAUGCAUUUCGGAAUGGGCUGCCACAACUUAUAUUUUCUCAAAUUGUCAUAUAAUAACUUCAGUGGCCAAAUAUUUCCCACCCAUUUCAAUCUGACUAAUUUAAGAUCUUUACAGUUGGAUAACAAUCACUUUUCGGGAAUGUUCCCAAAUAGCAUCUCAAUAUUAAAUUAUAUUUUCACAAUUGAUUUUAGUAAUAACCAUUUUUCAGGCAUGCUUCCAACGUGGUUGGGGAACAUGUCUGGUUUAAAUGAACUUGUUAUGGCCAAAAAUCAACUUGAAGGUCCUAUUCCAGUCGAGUGGUGCAAAAUUGUUAAGCUUUCAUUUCUUGACCUUUCCGAGAACAAUCUAUCCGGCUCUAUUCCAUCUUGCUUCAAUUCAUCAUAUAUUAGAUCAGUUUAUCUGAAUAAAAAUUGGUUGAGCGGUCCAAUUCCAUGUGCGUUCAAAAACAACUCUAAUCUAGUUACAUUAAAUCUUCGAGAUAACUUCCUAAUUGGAAACAUUCCUGAUUGGAUCGGCAACCUCUCAUCCUUGAGCAUUCUUCUUUUGAGAGAGAAUCAUUUAGAAGGUAGGAUUCCAAAUCAAUUAUGCCUUUUGCAAAACUUAAACUUGUUGGAUCUUUCCUACAAUAAAUUUUCAGGUACAAUACCACAUUGCUUGAGUAACAUUACUUUAGUGGCAUCCUCCGAA